AGCUGCUUGUAUUCUCAUCUCAUUUCAUUUUCACCUCUACACUACACCACCAUACUCUGACUAUAUAAUAAUAUUUUCUCUCUUUUAUUCUGAACACUUCUCUUCUUCUUUCUUUCUUUCACACUCUCCCUCUUCCUUUACCAAAGCAAAACAAUACCUUAAUAUAACAACAUUCUUCAAUGGCAUCAUCAAAGCCAGUUUCUGUAAUCUUGUUAACCAUUACAAUGACAAUGAUGAAUGUGAAUGGUCAAGGUGGUAGUGCAAGUUGGUGCGUGGUGAGGAGUGAUGCAAGCUUUAAUGCAUUACAAACAGCAUUGGAUUAUGCAUGUGGAGCAGGUGCUGAUUGUCUUCCUCUUCAACCAGAUGGACUUUGUUUUCUUCCUAAUACCAUUCAAGCACAUGCUUCUUAUGCAUUCAAUAGUUACUAUCAAAAAAGAGCUAGAGCCCCUGGUUCUUGUGACUUUUCUGGCACUUCCACCAUUGCUCAAACCGAUCCAAGUUAUGGAUCUUGCGUGUACCCUUCUUCUACAAGUGGUGCUGGAGGACCAAAUACACCAACCACAUCAGUUCCAAUGAGCAACACAAACAUGUCAUCACCUGCCACUUCAUCACCAAUUUUUGGUGGGUUAUCUCCAGGAUUGAGUUCUCCAUUCAAUGACAAUUCUAGAGCACCUUCAAAGGAACUAGCCAAAUGGUUUUUACUUUUCUUUUCUUCUCUUCUCAUUCUCUCCAUUAUCUCUUAAUUAGCAUGUGUGUGAUCUUGAGGGAGACUAAUUACAGUUUUGUCACAAGUUAAAGGGAGCUUUUUGUUGUUUAUAACUCUUAUACCCUCCAAAGUAUGAGUAAGGUUAUGAACAAGUUAAGCAUUGGUUGAUAUCGUUAUCUAGGUAAUUGCACAGCUAGGGUAUUAGCAAAGGCCUUUAAGUUUAAUGACCAUGAUGAUUCUUGAUCUAUAGGGCUCAAAUUUAAUUCAAAUAGCUCAAUUUAUUUGUUCCCUUUGCAAAAUGUACUAUGUUUCAUAAACGUUGCAAUACCAUUAGCUUAUACAAGAUUUUAUUUAAUUCAA